AUGGUCAAGCCAUCCAUCGACGCCAGAGUGCGCCCUCUUGCCAACCCGGCCCUCGAGAAAGCCAGCCUCCUCGGCGCGGCCCGCAUCUACGUCAGCAAGGAUUCCCUCAUCGCCCUCACAAACGGCCUGGAAAGCGGGAAGCCAUGCCUCGUCGACAAGCUGGACGACCAGCUCGGCCUGCCCAGGAGAGAGGCCUCGCUGUGGGUUCUCCCCGACAAGAACCUCAGCCCCAACGUCGUCAUGAUGACCAGGGCCUUCCAGGAGGCCACAGGCUUCAAGAUUGGCGACCAGGUGAGGAUAUCGCUGCUGGAGAGCAUGCCCGACGCGGACGAGGUGGUGGUCCAGGACGUGGGCGAGGAUCCGGGGCUGGGCCAAGGAAACGCACGGCAUCCCGCCGGCUGGGAGUUUUCUCUGAGCCUGUCCAUGGAGCGCGCGGAGCUGGUGUUCCCGGGAAUGGUGUUUGAAGGCGUCAACAUCAACAAGCUGCGCCGCUCAUUCAAAGUCCUCUCCGUCAACUCGCAGACAGGCAACGUUGCCAGGUUCAAGCUCUCCUCGACGACUGUGCGCAUCGUCAGCGCCGGCGAGCAGCAGACCGCCGCCGCCGCCGCCGAGAGGGCGUCCCCCACGGGCGGAGAGCUGGUCGUCACCCGCGUGCCCGGCUUGGCGUCCCAGGUCGGCACCAUCAACCGCUUCCUCCGCGCAUUCACCCGCCCCUUCUGGAUCCACGACGAGCGCGAGUCGUGCGGCUUCGUCAUCCACGGCGGCAGCGGCACGGGCAAGACGCUCAUCCUGCAGCGCGUCGCCGACACCGGCUGGGGCCGGCCGUUCUGGGUCAAGCCGUCCGACAAGCUGGCCGCCGUGCGGGAGACGUUCCGCCAGGCCCGCGCCGCCCAGCCCAGCCUGGUCCUCCUCGACGGGCUGGAGGACCUCAUCGCCAAGGACCGGCCCAACCGCGAGGCCGUCAUCGAAGCCCUCGGCGAGGAGCUGGACGCCCUCUCCGCCGACGCCCGGGCCGCCGGCGCGUUGCCCAGGGUCGUCGUCCUCGCCACCUGCCAGGACUACAUGACCGACGUGCCGCCCAAGCUGCAGAAGCGCUCGCGGCUCCGCGAGAACACGGCCCUGCCCAUCCCGCGCGCCAGCGAACGCCUCGAGAUCCUCCGCUUCUUCGACCCGCCCAUCCGUCCCGCCGACAGGGACGAGUGCCUGCUGAGCGUCUCGCAGAGGACGCACGCCUACAACGGCGACGACCUGGCCAACCUGGUCCUCAACGCCAAGAAGAUCCUGGGCAGCAGGUUGGACGAGCAGGGCGCCGACGCCAAAGACCCCGCGCCUGGAGCGCACCUCCUCACCAGGCAGGACAUGGACCAGGCGUUGCGGAUAACGCGGCCCACGGCCAUGCACGACAUCAACCUGAAGCCCCCUACCAUCCACUGGCAGGACGUGGGCGGCCAGGAGGCUCUGAAGAAGGUUCUCUCGCGAAUGAUAAAAAACACAAAGAACACCAACCCUUCGAGCUGCCGCGUCCUGCGCAACCCGCCAAAGGGGCUCCUCCUGUACGGCCCCCCCGGCUGCUCCAAGACGCUCUCCGCCCAGGCCAUGGCCACGGAGUCCGGCUUCAACUUCUUCGCCGUCAAGGGCGCCGAGCUGCUCAACAUGUACGUGGGCGAAUCCGAGCGCGCCGUCCGCACCCUCUUUGAGCGAGCCCGCGCCGCCUCCCCCUCCAUCAUCUUCUUCGACGAGAUCGACUCCAUCGGCGGCCAGCGCGGUCCCGGCCCAGGCGGAGCCGGAGCCGGAGCCGGAGCCGGAGCCGGCGGCGGCGGCGGCGGCGGCCGCUCCUCGGGCGCGGUCAACAUGCUGACCACGCUGCUCACCGAGAUGGAUGGCUUCGAAGCCCUCACGGGGGUGCUGGUCCUCGCGGCCACGAACCGCCCCGAGGCCAUGGACCCUGCGCUCAUGCGCCCCGGGCGCUUCGACCAGGUCCUGUACGUCGGGCCCCCCGACCGGGCGGCCAGGGAGGCCGUCUUCCACGUCCACCUCAGGGGGCUCUCCGUGGCCGCCGACGUCGACGUCGGCGAGGCGGCCCGUCUGGCCGACGGGUACUCGGGCGCCGAGAUCCAGGCCAUCUGCAACGAGGCCGGGCUGGCCGUCCUGGACCGCUACGACGACGACGACACCGGCACGGCCAAGCUGGAGAUUGGCAUGGCCGACCUGCUGGCCGCCAUGGACAGGACGCCGAGGAACAUUACCCAGUCCAUGAUUGACGGCUACGACGCGUGGUCCAAGCAGUUCCGGCGCAAGUAG